AUGGCUCUUCUCGCCGUCAUUCUCACUAUUUUCGUAUUUGCUACAACCAUUCUGUUUCUGGGACCUGAAAGUCGACCUGCUCCUAUCAACGAUUUUAUCGAAUCACCGCCCUGGCAGCCAUAUUGGACAACGGAGCAGCUUGAGCCCAAGUUCGCAUACGCCCAAUACGCGACGAGUCUCAACUAUCUCUGCAAUGCGGUGAUCAACUUUGGACGGUUGCGGCGGUAUGGUGCAAAGGAAGACUUGGUUCUUAUUCAUCCCAAAGGAUGGCUUGAAGGAUCAUCUCGUGAGUCAAAGGCUUUAGCGAAACUCAAAGAAGAACGCCCCGAAAUCCACAUGAGAGCCUUCGAUGUUAUCUCGACAACUAAGGGCGACGCCACCUGGAGGCAGAGCUUGACGAAGUUCCACGCCUUUGCGCUAACUGAAUGGACCCGAGUCCUUGCCUUCGAUUCCGAUUCGCUCGUCCUGAAUAAGAUGGACCACUACUUCCUCAGCCCAGCAGCCCCAGUCGCCGUUCCAAGAGCAUACUGGCUCAACGAGAGGAGCACCGACAUUGCGAAGCAGGUUCUCGGAUCGCACGUGAUGCUCAUCGAACCGAACGAAGGACGAUAUAAGAAAAUUAUGGAUGAGGCUCUGCGAUCCGGAGACUUCGACAUGGAGAUUGUCAAUCACAUGUUCAAGGACUCGGCUAUGAUUCUUCCCCAUCGACGUCUCGCUUUGUUAACAGGCGAGUUCCGCGCCAAGGACCAUACGAAAUAUCUGGCGCCGGAGGAAGACGAGGAGUGGAAUGCGAUGGGGGAAGUUUCGCGAUCGUUCUUGGUCCACUUCAGUGACUGGCCUCUUCCAAAGCCAUGGCUGCCGAGGACGAAGCAGCAGUGGGAGGCGUCCUUGCCGGAAUGUCGAGAUGAUGAUGUCGAGAGAGAAGACCGGCCAAGAUGUGCAGAUCGAGUCAUGUGGUCUGGGUUUUACGAGGAUUAUGAUAGGGAAAAGUCAGCUCAAUGUGGGAUGUUGUUUGACGAUACAGCAUGA